UAGAUAAACUCGGCAACUCUGCAAUGUUGCUAUUUUUUUAGUCUGCACACUUCAUCUUUGACACUCAUGGCUGCAGGUAGCAGAAAAAUAUGAAGAAACAGGUGCAUUUACUUAUAGUGAAACCUCGUCAAUGAAAAUAUUUCUCAAAUACGUGGCGAAAAGCUUCUAGCGACUAUCUCUUCUUCGUCUUGACUUUUAAAUUGAGUGUCGCCAUGUCCAAUGAAACGGUAUCCACGGCGAACGACCUUCAAGUUUAUCGCCAUGGACUGAUAUUAAAGUUUCGUUGGCUUGUAGAAAAAAUGCCAGUGGAUUAUCCAAUAACUUCACAGCCAUUUCAAUUCAGAAACGAAAAACUCUUCUUAGUCAGCUUAAAUUGUGUUGCUGGACAAGAUGAGACAAAAAACAACCAACCAGGCUUUUUACUCACCUUUACUAGUUCUAAUCAUCAUAAGAUUGGCAUACAAUUACAUAGAGUUUCACUGACACUGACUUGUCCUGGAAUGACUGAAUCUGACCCUACUGAAAUGCAACCAAAGCAAAUAAUGGAUGACGAACUUUGUAAAGUGUUCAUUUUGCAUACAGGACCUCUUCCACUACCUGUUACAAUCACAUAUUACAUCCACGUCAACGAGAAUAUACCCAACUACCGAUAUGAACUAGUUGACUUGCUCUGCAUGGCCCAACUAUGGCUUGCUGCUCGGAAGAGACAGUACACAGAUUUUGAGUUUCUAGUUCAGGGGAAAGUAUUUCCUGCUCAUCGAGCCAUUUUAGCUGCUCGAAGCCCCGUUCUCGCAAAUCUAUUAUCACAGCCGGGAGUGGACUUCCUUCGCAUUGAAGACAUAGAUGCCAAUGUUUUUGAACAAUUCCUGCAUUUCAUCUACACAGGUCGUUUAACGACCUCUGCCAAUAAUGCCCAACUACUUAUAGCUGCUGGACGGUACCAAGUAGAUACUCUCAUGAAGCUGUGCCAAAAUGCCAACCAGGGAUCGGAAUCCAGCAACAGAAUCAUAGACAUAACAAGUGUAUAGGACACUCCCACCCCUCCUACUAUUUAGGUUUUUGGGGAUGUCUACAAUUUUCAUAACAGGGAUACCAAAUCAGCCUUAUUUUUCUUUUUCUGUGAGUGUGUGUUCACUGCUUCAUUCUUUAUACCUCAUUUCACUUGUUUGCGGGAGUUGAUAGAACUAAAAUAAAUUGAUCUGUUUUACCUUGAA